CGCCUUAACUGGAUCCGUUUUUGGCUUCCCAGCGCAGCCACACAUACAUAAGAUGGCGCCGCUCGCGCUUCCCGUCAUUCCCGCCUCGUCGGCCGUUGUCGUUAGAGUCGGCGGCGUUGCCUUCUGCACUCAACGCCAUCGCCAUGCCAGCACGUCGCCCGCCGCAGCCGCUCACGGAAGACCGGCAUUACAAUGCGCAUUUCGUCCGGCGCUUCACCCAACGAGAAGCUGAGAAGCAAAUUACGAAACGGCCAGCAGCUUAUACGGCCGAGCAGCGCGCAGCUCUCCGCAAGCAGCUUGAGGACACCAAGUUCCUUACGCCCGACUAUGCCGACAAGACCAAGAUCAACAUCGCCGGUUUGCUGCGAAAAUGGAAGAGAUACUGCGAGUUCGCUAAGCUACCGGGAACCUGGCGAGAGGUGAUGCAGAAAGCAAACCGAGCGAUGGCGAUGGAUUUCCUCGAAUAUCUUUGUCAAACAUGCAGGAUCGGGUCGUGGGCUUCGUCCUGGGAGUACUUCCGUCAGUACAAGCAGCUGUAUGCCAGUGCCACGGGCCGCUAUAUGGACAGGAACGACAGUAAAGAAGUCAAAAAGUGGCACGAUGCCAUUUUGGUCCCGAGGUACGGCCUGCAAGCACCAUGCACCCGUGGAAAGGACGUCGCAAACGCAGACACUUUGCUGGUCCUGCAGACGUUCAAUAUCAAGUACGACACCGGCAUCUUCUCUCGGGAGAGGCACCGUAUCCAGUUGUUGGGGUGCUACCUCGGCCUUGCCUUCACCGGGGCCAGGCCGGCCGAGUUUGUGGACGGCGAGAGAAAGAGCGGCAAGGAUGGGUGUCUUGAGGAGCUCUUCCCCCGGCACGCUAUUGGGAGUGUCCCUAGCGACGAAGACAAGGCGCCCGAUGAGCAUUCCAGGCUGCUGGAAGAGAUGAUGUCGCAAGAGUACGAGAGCCGUGGACGCCCAAAGGCGCUCUGUUACGAGGACAUUCAGCUGAUGGUCGUACGCCACCCGGAAACCGGCGAGGACGUCCUAGCUAUGGCCAUCCGGCUUGCGCACCACAAAGGGGCGGACAACAAGCCGAAGCCGACCAUCUUCUUCUUUACACCCACUAGGAGGUUGAUCUUCUGUUUCAUAAGCGUCAUCGUCAGCCUAGCAGUCCACGACGGCGCGUUUGCUGCGUCGAAGUUCACUAGCGUUAGAGAAGUCUUUCAGCACAAGAACCGGGGACCAGUCAAGUGUACUCCCUUUCGCUGGAAGGAGGAAUGGCUCAAGCGGCCGGUUUUCCGUCGACUUGACGACUCCAUUGCUGAGAAGGACUCCGACGAGUCCAGUUCGGAAAACGCAUCAGACAGCUCAACUACCUCAAAGUAUCAACCUCUCCCAUACCAGAAGCUGUUAGACGACAUGACGCGGCAAUCGCUCGACGCUGGAGAAGAAAGAGCGAUUGAACCGAAGGCCUGGCGUAGGGGGGCAGCCAACGCGGCAAACGGCAAUGCCUCUGAUGCUGUCCGCGAUCAGAUGAUGCGUCACGACCCCAAGUGGGCUACUUUCAACAGCGCAUACAUCAACGAAAAGGUCGGGUUCCACCUUCAGAACGCGUUCCUCGAGGAGCCGACCGAAGACAGCCUUCUUGCAAUGCUCUCGCAUAUCGGCCACAUGCGUGAUCCCCGCGCAAGGAAGGAUAUGGUUCCCGAUCAGGUUUGGGACAUGAUGCCGCCCGAUCCGGAGAUUGAGGCACUGAAGUCAGAGAGGGCACAGCUCAAAGGCAGCCAGUACCGGGUCAAAGGCACAGAAAACGAGGACCGGAUUCGAGAACUUACCAGGUUGAUCGCGAGCAAGGAGGCGCAGCGGAAGAAAAAUAUACGACGAGCUUACCGAGAAGAUUACUUCUACAACCGUCCGACCUGGGACAUCGAGGCCGACGAGAGCGAGGACGAGUAUGUUGAGCCGGCUGUCGACCUACAGCUACCUGAGCGCGCUGAGCUCGCCCAAAUCCUCUGCAACCAGCCGGACAACUUAAGCUCCAUUGGGCUGCUCGAACUCCGCAUCCAGGCUGCUGAGCUCAUGGUCGUCUUGUGCGACAAACGAGAGACCAGAAAGAGGGACCGCAUCCGGCAGAGGGCACGGACCGAGGUUGCAGUGAAGGAGGAGUCUCCCGAGCCGGACCCCUUUCCACUUCUAAUGGACAGGAAGCAAUGCCCACUCUGCAUCGGGGAUGAAACCCUAUCCUUUGACGAAAGAACAUUCAAGUACUGUCGACCAGCGGUGAUGUACGACCAUUUCGAUAGGAAGCACGCGCGGCAGCUAGGUGGCGUGAAACAGAUGUCGUGUCACCACCCGAAGUGCAGCGAGGAGGCAUUAAAGUUUAAGCACUUGAACCAUUUCAAGAACCACGUAGAAAGGGUCCACGGCGUUAAACUACGGGCCUGAGUGUAUUUAGUUAACAUAUGAAGGUUUUUUGCAAAUUUGGUCAAGAAUAUGACGCAUUGCCAUCUUUA